UACUAUUUCCUGAUUCGUGCUGCUUUAUUGAACGUAUACGAUUAUAGAUUUGUUAAGGAUACUGAUGGAGAUGCAAGCAGAUAGUGUUGAACCCGAGAAGAGUGUUUUUCUGGAGCCGUUAGAUAGUGAGAUACAAACAUGGAUGUCAAAAGCGUUUGACAUGGCACUUGAGGCCCUUGAGAAUGGCGAGGUUCCAGUUGGCUGUCUGAUGGUUUACAACAAUGAGAUUAUUGGAAAAGGAAGAAAUGAGGUGAAUGAAACAAAAAAUGCUACUCGGCAUGCAGAAAUGGUGGCACUGGAUCAAGUGCUUGAUUGGUGCCGUUUCAGAGAGAAGGACCCAAUAGAGGUGUGUGAACAGACUGUACUCUAUGUGACAGUGGAGCCAUGUAUCAUGUGUGCAGCUGCUCUGCGCCUGCUUCACAUACCUCUUGUUGUAUAUGGGUGCAAAAAUGAGCGGUUUGGAGGCUGUGGAUCCGUCCUGGACGUCUCAUCAGAUCAUUUACCACACACUGGAACUUCAUUUAAGUGCAUCGCUGGCUAUAGAGCGGAAGAGGCUGUUGAAAUGCUCGAGACUUUUUAUAAACAGGAAAACCCAAAUGCUCCCAAACCUAAAGUGAGGAAAGAUUUGAUCAGUCCACCAGAUAGCGCUGUAGUCAUUCAGGUAAAACCAGGAUCACAAAAUGAGGGGAGAGAAACAAUUGCUUCUUUGAGCUGAAAUGGAAAAUAUUUGAACAUUCAGACAUUUGUCAGUGCCUGGAUCUCAGUGACUUUUGAUUUGACCAUCUUUUUGAGAUCAUUGAUUUAAUCUACUAUUUGAGGAACCACAUUUGCUCAUUAUCUGGAUCACAUUGCUUGUAAACGUCCAGGCCUCCUCUUCUCUGUGGCUCUCACGCUGUGAGUUGUCUGUUAACAGUGUGUAGAAGCAAAGGACUGGGCCUGUUCUGCAUUAAAGCGCAGGUUCUUCUCCAGCUCUUGCUCUCUUUGUGUCCUUAUACAACCCAGAGAACUGGUUCUGAACUCUCAAUGAUCUCAGUCUUGGGCUCACUAGCAGAUGCAGGACAGCCCCAGGUGGAGUUUCCACUUACUUCAU